AUGGAUACUCAAACAACAUCAGGAAGUAGGUGGGUCGAGUGUCUCCUCGAUAUUGAUGACUCGAUCAUCCCUGGCUCGACACUUCAGCCCAUCGGUCCAGGACUUCACGUCCACGCCAAACUUGAGAUGGGACUUUACGCCAAGCCAGCAAUGAAAUUACAGUUCUCCGUUCGACAUCAAUCUCAGACCCAUUUGUUUGCGAUAGCCAUCAUCCCACUGCAGAUGAUUCUCGGAAAGCCACAUAUCGCGGACGUUCAGACCGCUGACCAGGUCUCCUUACACCCGCUUCUGGCCCAUCAACAGAUGGGUAGAUUCGAACCGCCUAGAACUAUCCUUACCCUGCGAGUGGGCGUUUCUCGUGAGGAUAUCAUCACCUUCAAGCCGCCGUCAUUCCAGCAGAAACGCAACAACCACCCAAAAGCUGUCCAAGAGAUUGAUCUCAAGCACCCCAAUAAGCCAGUCCCGUCGACAAGCUUGUUCCUCGACGGCGAACAGCAGACGGUUCCCAUGAUAGGUGGCGCCAUCGAAGAAAUCACGCUACAGAAUGACCUUGCAAGCAAGUUGUGGAAUACUGCACAACCCGAUAAGGCAAUUGAGCAAGAGAACGAAGCUAAGCAGGAUACUCUGCAGGAGAGACUUGCCAGCGUUCGUGAUAAUGUUUAUACCAACAUCGCAGCGGAAAGUCUCUAUUCCAGGAUCACCGUUCCAAGCCCUGCAGCCAUCGAGCAACAUGCAGAGCAGCCAGUGAACGUUCAACUUGCAGCUACGGCUCUAGACCUGGAAGCUCACUUGCGCCAGCGUCACCACGCCAAGGUCGAAAUGGGAUUCAUUGUGCUGAACGGAGCGAACCGUAUGACCGAGUCAAUGUCGCUCAUCCCCAUGUCCAAAUAUCUGGAGGCAUCAUUCCUCCUCAUCGGCGAUCGCAAGACAAGCUUAUUCAAGCGCAUCGAGUACUCAGGGGCAAUUCAGUAUCGCCUCAAAUCCAAUUACCGCGCUCGUGGCCACGCUGCAGAUUUCAUCUGGAAAGAAUUCUAUGAUGGUCAGAUGAACAUCAUGAAAAAGAAGGCCACUCCUGCGACUGCCGCUAUCACCGAGUGCCUCGGAGACUGGGUCGCACCGUCUCUCUCGCCACAACUCUACCGUGAUGGCAAGCUACUCAAUGCAAAGGACGCUGGCGACCACCAAAGAGGCGACGACGAGAUCAACGUCCGACGAGGCACUGUCCUCAUUGUCAUACCCUAUCGCGCUCAGAGAAGUGACAUUGGUUUCUUUCUCUCGCAGGAGGCACCUCAUUGCACCACAUGCAAUACCCCCCACGCAACUCGCUACUGCCCCCGAUUCGACGAGAACGCCAUCUCGGACUUUGCGCAAGACCCCGUCACUGCCGACGACGGUAUUGUCAGAGAUGUGUUCAUGUCAAGAGGCAGCGGGAAGCAAGACGGGAAACGAGCGGCGUUUUGA